UAGGAGCUCCGGCUUCUAUAUUUCUCUCAAAAUCUAGCAGCUUUUUUAUUAUUCCUACGAAUGUUUACCGAUGAAGAGCUCGCACGGAAAAUGGUUGAUAUUUCUGAGAGCUCGUUCGGUGGGUUCGGUGUCUCGUACUCCCAGGCGCAGCAGGAUAAGAUCCUGGAUAAGAUAGCGAUGAUCGUCAGAAACGCGACGAAGAAGCAGCUGCAGACUCGCCAUCAUCCUCGCACGCUCGUCACGUGCCUGCUGAGGAUCCUGCUGUACUACGAGAACGUGCCGCACAUGGAUCGGUUUUGGGAGUGGAAGCGUCGACGAAAGUUCCGAGUCGCCCGGGAUUGCUUUCACACUUUAUUGGAGAGCUACCUGCCGGAGAAAUCUCGGGAGGUCGUGGAGACGAUCGUGGAGACCGUCUAUCAAGAGCGGCUCUGGAAAUUCGAGUCUUUCUGCUUCGAAGUGAUGUUCAGUCUGCUGAACGCCAACCCCGUCAUCACCGGGCUGAUCGUUCAUGCAAUUUGGAAUAAAUUGACCGAACUGCCGGAGAUCAACGCCGAGGAUGCCCGCGGUAUCGUCAGGAUAUUGUACGAGCUUCUGGACAUAUACGAGUGGCCGGCAACGCCGGACACGGUGGCGGCAGUGGAGAGGACGCUCGGGCUCUACCACGCCAGUAUAAUCGCGCAAUUGACAACGAUCUGCGAAUCUCUCUCUUCCUCUUCCUUGGUCUUAUCGUCGCCGCCACCACCGUCGCCGUCGCUGCCACUCGGCAGCCUCAAGAAGAGUCUGGAGGUCUGCAUGAGAAACAUCGUCAAGAAUCUGUCGAACGAUCAGCUGCUGGUGAUCGUGCAGCACUUGUGCUCGUGGACCGUGGCCGCGGACGCGAACGACGAAUUCGUCCUGGAGUUCGGUAACGUCCUGGAGUUCGCCGCCUACAUACAUCAGGCGGGCCUCUACGAGCAGACGCUCACGCCGACGAUCUUUCCGCUGCUGAUGCGAAUGGUCGGCUCGCCCAGCCGGCUGACCAGCCUGCUGGGCAACCGGGUGCUGCAGUUCUUGUUGGAUCGCAAGGAUAACCGAGCGGUCUUCGACACGCCGAAAAUCUUCUUCGAGCACACGCGCCUCGACCUGCGCAUCACGCAGUGCCGCAAGGAGGAUCGGCUGUUCUUCAAGCUGCAUCGCGAGCUGCUGCACGACAACCUGCUGAAGAGUGUGAUAAAUCACUCGGACUCGCGGAUGAACCUCGAGAUGACGUACUGCACGAUGUGCCUGAUCGCCGUCGAGGUACCCUGCGGCUUCACGGCCGCUGCUCUCGUCUGUUUCGCGAUGAACCUACAGGAGAUCGUUCUGCAGCAGCACCAGCGGGAGGAGGACAAUCGCGUGGAGAUAGCUUGUCACGUGCACGCUACGAUCAUCUCCAUCAUGUCCUUAAUCUGCUGGAUACACAAGGCCAAGGUGUUCUACAGCUACGUGAACAAGAUCGUGACGGAAAGAGCGCAGUGGGCGCCGCAUCUGAAUCCCCCCAUCCAGUCCCAGUACAACUUCGCGCUGCACCACGUUCUCUACAAGCCGAAGUUAUUCUUCAUCGACUGGGAGGUGCGCUACGGUCUCUGGAAAUGCUUUCGUCUCACUGACAGCCAAAACGGCGACACGUUAAUUGUCUGACACAAGCUACAUCCACAAAUUGAAUGAUGUGAUAUCUGAAAUGAAUCAGGAAUUCACAGAUCUCUAUCCCA